CUGACUUCAUUUCCCAGACUUAGCACAAUCUCAUCCGCUUUAAACAACCUCAUCAAAACUACUUUCUGGUCAGAGAGAAGCAAUAAUUAUUAUUAUCAAUAAUUAACGAUUAAUAAACUUGAAUGCACUAUGGCCAGCACCAUUAAGGUAAGGAUUGGUACCUUUUGAUUUGACAGGGACUUUUUUCUUGUUGCUCUGCUUUUGAUUUCCUUUAUCAACAUAGAUAAGUUAGGAUUGGGAAACACCCCCACUGCCACAAUAGAGGACAACAAGAUUUCCUUUGUACUGCCUAGUAAAUUUCCUUUUUCCUACUCCAACCAUCCGCAAGGUUUAAAAACUUCAAACUCAGAAAAAAAAUAGGAUUUUAAAAUUAACCACUCAGUACCAUGGAUUACUAUGCACUAUUUUGCAGCACACUUUGAAUUUUUAUUUUCUUUAACUAUCAUUUUGUACGACUUGGAUAUAUGUCUGACUAGAAGCUGAACUAACCUGGAAAGGAGUAGCAGGCUGAGUAAAAAUAAAUGUUCUUACAAAUAUUUGAUUUUGGGAUGCUCUUUGAUUAACAUUCUGAUGCUCAACAAUGAAAAGCCUUUCAAAUAGAAUUGAAGAGGCACCUGGCAAGCUAUUAUUUUCCAAUGGAAUCUACAGAUAUUAUUGGCUUGAUUUUAUGAGAUCUACAUUUUGAUGGCUACCUUGUAUAGGAUAUACAUAUGUUCUUAUACAUACAUAUGCAAAAUUUUUGUGAUUCAAUGGUACCUACUAAGAAAAUAGAAUAUCUUAGUUUUUUGUUAACAACGUAGAAGCUUUAUUUAGAGCGAAAUAUUUGUGAGGUUUCUAGAAAUCUAGAGCUAGAUUGCUCUAGUUGAUUUUCUGACUGGAUAAAGCUCCAUAUUUUCUUUGCAUAUAUUUCUACAGAGAUAACAUGUAGAUAACCUAUGAUAUUGUAAAGAUUUAAUUCUAAAUAAGGCUGAAUUCUUAGUAAUGAUAUUAAUUUUAUGUAUCCUGCGAAUCAAAAAGCACUGCAAGAAUAUUGUCAUAUACAUACCUUGGGCUACGUUUAUACUUUUCUGUUAUUGACCAACCAUCACCAUCAAAAAGUAACCAAAUUAGGUUCUAAAUAUUGGAGGAAGCAUUAUCAGUGGUGAGUGAGGAUCAAUCAUUAUUUGAGUGUGCCUACGGAGCUCCACACCUUGCUAAGACUGAGAUGACUGCAUCCUCCUCCAGUGAAUAUGGACAGACUUCUAAGAUGAGUCCACGUAUCCCUCAGCAGGACUGGCUACCACAACCCCCAUCCAGGGUUACUAUCAAGAUGGAAUGUAACUCUAGUCAAGUAAAUGGGACAAGGAACUCUCCUGAUGACUGCAAUGUUGCAAAGGGUGGGAAGAUGGUCAACAGCCAAGAUAAUGUUGGAAUGAAUUAUGGCAACUUUUUGGAGGAGAAGCAUAUUCUAUCAACCAACAUGACAACAAAUGAACGAAGGGUUAUUGUACCUGCAGAUCCUACAUUAUGGAGCACAGACCACGUCCGGCAAUGGCUAGAAUGGGCAGUGAAAGAAUAUGGUCUUCCAGAUGUCGACAUCUUAUUGUUCCAGAACAUAGAUGGGAAGGAUCUGUGCAAGAUGACCAAAGAUGAUUUCCAAAGACUUACUCCAAGUUAUAAUGCUGAUAUUCUUCUCUCCCAUCUUCACUACCUCAGAGAGACUCCUCUUCCACAUUUGACUUCAGAUGAUGUUGAUAAAGCCUUACAAAACUCUCCACGGUUAAUGCAUGCUAGAAACACAGGAGGGGCCACUUUUAUUUUCCCAAAUACUUCAGUAUAUCCUGAAUCCACACAAAGAAUUGCAUCUAGGCCAGAUUUACCAUAUGAAGCAGCCAGGAGAUCAACCUGGACAAGUCAUAGUCACCCUACACAGUCAAAAGUUACUCAGCCAUCUUCUUCAACAGUUCCCAAAACAGAAGACCAGCGUCCCCAGUUAGAUCCAUAUCAGAUUCUUGGACCAACAAGUAGUCGUCUUGCAAAUCCUGGGAGUGGACAGAUACAGCUUUGGCAAUUCCUUCUGGAGCUUCUAUCUGACAGCUCAAAUUCCAACUGCAUCACUUGGGAAGGAACCAAUGGAGAAUUCAAGAUGACAGACCCUGAUGAAGUUGCCCGUCGCUGGGGAGAACGCAAAAGCAAACCUAACAUGAACUAUGAUAAGCUUAGUCGUGCAUUACGUUACUACUAUGACAAAAAUAUUAUGACUAAAGUUCAUGGCAAGCGUUAUGCUUAUAAAUUUGACUUCCAUGGAAUUGCUCAGGCAUUACAGCCUCAUCCUCCUGAGUCUUCUUUGUACAAAUAUCCAUCAGACCUCCCUUAUAUGGGCUCCUAUCAUGCUCAUCCUCAGAAGAUGAACUUUGUUGCUCCUCAUCCUCCUGCUUUGCCUGUGACAUCUUCCAGUUUCUUCUCUGCCCCUAAUCCAUACUGGAAUUCAUCAACUGGAAGUAUCUACCCCAAUACCAGGCUUCCAGCCAGCCAUAUGCCUUCCCAUUUGGGGACUUACUACUAAAGGAAAAAUGACAUUCCUCUACAUUAUAAAAUUUUCCAUUGAAUUUUUGUAAAGUCUACUAGAAAGAACACGAAUCAAAAGUGGAAUGAAAGGAAUGAAAAAGGUUGAUUAUAUUUCAGGCUGGGUAUGACAGUGGGAGGUGGAGAAAGAGAUCAAACAGUCCUUUAGAGACAGGGAAUUAAUAAAAUUAAUACUUAAAAAAGCAAAGAUUAAGCUAAAAUGUAAUAUGGACCAAACAUGAAAGACAAUGUAAGUUGAAGCAUGAAGUGAUUAUGAUUAAGAGAAAAGUGGUUUUAGUAAGUUUAUAAACUUCAGUGUAAAGUUUGGUAUCCACAUGCUAACUGGGACUAUACUACAAUAUUAAGAUAAACAAUAUUGAUCUAACAUACAAUAUAUGAAUUCAUUUUUAAACUCUGUAUUUAAAAUAGAAGUAUAUGUAUGCAUAUAUGGUAUGUGUAUAUAUGAAUUUAUAUACAUAUUCACACAGAUUCAGACUGGUUUAUUGUGGAAACCAAUAUGUGGAAUACAAUGACACUUGCUAUUUUGAUUAAAAUCAAAAUGGAGGGCUAUCGGCUAUUUCAUACUGUGAAGACUCCUCAUCAUUUCAGAAUCCUAUGAUCCAAAGAGUAGGACUAAGAAUGUGUAUAAAAGACAAAUGUAUGAUUGUAGAACAAGAACUUACAUCUGCAACAGGAUAUUAGAGAGAAGCAGAAGAAGAGGGCAACAAAGAGUGAGAAAGAAACUGCUUAAUCAAAUAGAAACUGAAUAUGUUAACAUUGGACCUUGGAGAAUGAUUUAUUAGGAUAUGAAAUAAAAUAUUAUCAGUGUUAUGCAAUCCCUAGUACACAAAGAGGACACUGCUAACCUUAAAGGGAAAAGUAGUGUGAAAUUCAUAAAUCAGAUUGCACAUCAUUUAAAAAAAGUUUUCUUUUUUAUUAUUAUUAACUGGAAUUAUCUGAUAUUUGGAAGAAACAGUCAGGACCACUAUCUUGGGGCAUAAGGUAAGAGACAGUCUUGCUGACUGUCACUAUCAGAAAUCACACAAAUGUUUUGGUGAAGUGGACAUCACUUUUCCUUUUGAGUCACAAAUGCUGUGCGUUUGUAAGAAUGAAGUAUACAAGUUAGUGGGGUUUUUCCUCUUUAUUAUGUAAUAAUUAUAUAACUUAUGCAUUUAUACACUACGAGUUGAUCUCGGCCAACCAAAGAGAAACACACACACACACACACACACACACACACACACACACACUGGAUAAUCAGAAAUAUUGUGGCCUUGAAUUUUAACUCAGUAUGCUUAAUGUUUACAAUAUGAAGUUAUUAAUACUUAGAAUGCAGAGUGUACAUAAUAGAAUAAGCUUGGCCUAGCCUGAUUUAUUUAUUUAGUUAUCUGCAUUUUUAGUCACCAAUUUGCUUCAUUAUCAUAAAUGGUUAAAAAUGUUAAUCUUAAUUUUUUUUUUUGUCCCUUAAAAAAGUAAGAAAUAAAUUGAAAGGAAGCAAAUGCUUUUUGACUGAAAUUAUAUCAAGGUCCAAACCUUACAAUAAUUUUAUACUACAUAGUUUUGAGAAUUUCUACCAAAUUCUUCUUAUUUGUUCCCAUGCUGCUAGCAUGGUCAUAUCUUCUCUCUGGAGUACCAAACAUUAUAUUGGCAGAUUGGCCAUGCAUACUAAUUUGUACUCAUGCACAAAAUGGAAAGAGAAGUCUAAAACGAGGAGUGAUUUCCAAAGCAAAAAUUUCAGUUCUGUCUCUAUCACAAAUCACUAGGUGGUUCUAAAUAUAAUGAUAAAUUGUUAAUUGAACCACGAAGAACUUGCUGCACUUAAAGAAACCAUAUCAUUAAUACUAAAUGAAAUGUAUAACAAAAAACAAAAAACAAAAAACCCUGUUAUUCCUCAGUUUAUAACAGUAGGGGGCAACAUGUUAAUGUGUUAUUUGCUUUUUUCCAUUUUAUUAAAGUAAACUGAUUACCUCUUUUAUGCCACAGGAAUUUAGAAUUUACCCUAAUUUAGGGUAAAUUUAGGAUUUAAACCCUAAACCCAAAGUUUAGGGUUUAGAAAGCUCUAACUUCAUAUUUAUUAGUAGUUCUGCUCAGCAGACACUGUUUCCAAGAUCCAAUAUACCAAUGGACUUAUGAUCACAUCAAUGUGAGUAUUUCCAUUUUGUGUCUGCUGGUCCUCUUUCAUGUCCUCAUUUAUAUUUAUUGUAGGGUAUCAGUCUUUAUGUGAUGUAGGGAGAGAGGGGAAAGAGAGUUGAGCAGCAAGAUUGGGGAAAUUUCUGAAUUAUCUAGUAAAUUCAAUUUACCUUGAAUAGUGUGAACAAACCCUGAACACCAAACAUAGUUGGGCCAUUUCACAAUAGUUCCAGAGACACUUAUUAGCUUUGUGCAUUUUUAUUUUGCCAUAAGAAAAAAGUUAAUUGUCAGCCUUCUAUGCUGUGAAGUCUUGGUAGUCAAUCCUAAAUAUUAUACAGGAUCACAUUACUUGAGUUCCAGACUGUCAGCAUUAUUCAUAUUGCAAAUAAUCUCUACCAUUAUAUUCAUAUUGAAAAUUACUCCAUUCUUCUCUAGCUUGUACCUUGAUCCUGUAUCAUUUUUUUUUUAAAAAGGAAGAAACCUGCAGUAAAGGAUAUGAAAACUGUACUACUGGAAAAGAUUGAUCACUUACUAUGUCAGAAGCUUAAGUCAAAUAUGCUGCUGGUAAAUCAGUGCUAUUGUUUCAAGGCCAUUUCGUGAGCAAAACAAUAAAAUUAAAAUAAGAUCAAAUUCAGUUUUAUAAAUGUUUUAAGUUUUCUGCCCAUAUAUUCCCAUAUAAAUUAUUUACAAAGUUUUAUAUAAAUAUGAGCAACAAAGUGAUGUUUUUGAAGACCUUGAUAAUGAAUAUCCUAAAUAAAUAACCCUUUAACUUUG